GUCGCAGUGUUGGAUGGUGUUGAUGGGCGGGCGUGGGCGGGAGCAGCGCCCCCCGCGGCACUAUGUGUGAGUGUGGCACUCCAGACGACGCCCCCGGCCCGGCCCGCAGGCCCGCGCGGGUGGACCAAGAGGCGGGCCAGUCUGCGGGCCACACACAUACCCGCACGCUGAUGGGGACCAGAUGUGGGCCGAGGGCGAGGGGGGUGGGCGUGAGUGUUCUAGUCUUUUUGGUGUUAGUGUUUGGGGCGUGUGUGGCAGCUGGACACCGGACACACCGUGCCAGCGGCGGUGCCAGCGGCGGUGCCAGCGGCGGUGACGGGGGCGCGGACGCCGCCGAGAGCGAGCACCCCCUCGUGUCGCAGUUCUGGACGCGCAACCAGAGUCUGGAGCUCCAGCACAUGGUGUUCAACAGGGGCGCGGGCGUCCUGUACGUGGGCGGGACCAACCGGCUGUGGGCCCUGGGCGUGGAGCGGCUGGAGCUGCGGGCGCAGGUGGAGACGGGCCCGCGGUUCGACUCGCCGCGCUGCCACGCGUCCGGCUGCGGCCCCGAGCGCCGCGUGGCCCGAGUACUUACCGACAACGUGAACAAGGUGCUGGUGCUGGACCCCGAGGCCAGCACCCUCAUCAUGUGCGGCUCCGUGUCGCAGGGCGCGUGCGAGAAGUUCCGCACCGCCAACAUCUCCCUCACGCCAGAGUUCCUCCCGCGCUCCGUGGCCGCCAACGACCCCAAGUCGUCCACGUACGCCUUCGUGGGGCCCGAGCGCUACAACCCGUGGGGCGGGUCGUCGGCGCUGUACGUGGGCACGACCUUCACUACCGUCGGCGACUACCGCCACGACGUCCCCGCCAUCUCCACCCGCAACCUGUACGACCUCGACUACGCCGAGUUCUCCUUCUCGAAGCAGUCGCUGCUGCGGAUCGACGUCAAGCUGCGCGACCACUUCCUGGUGCAGUACGUGUACGGCUUCCACGAGUCCAGCUACGUGUACUUCCUGACGGUGCAGAAGAAGUCGCACCUGCCGGGCCAGGAGGAGUCGGGCUACAUCUCGCGCCUGGCCCGCACCUGCAUCACGGACGCCAACUACGACUCGUACACGGAGAUCACGCUCGAGUGCCAGGGCGCCGACGGCAACAACUACAACCUGGUGCAGGACGCCAAACUGGUGAGCGCCGGCAGCGACCUGGCCUCCAGCAUGGGCGUUAGCGUCGACGACCCCAUCCUGGUGGCCGUGUUCGCGCCGUCCCAGGGCCACACGGCCAGCCCCGAGGCGUCGUCGGCCGUGUGCGUGUACUCCGUGCGGGACAUCGAGGCCAAGUUCAACGAGAACAUCCACAUGUGCUUCAACGGCUCCAUGCAGUACCGCAGCAUGGAGUACAUCUCGGGGCCCAUCCUCGACGGCAAGUGCCCCGCCGCCGGGACGAUGGGUAACAUCUUCAACUUCUGCGAGGUCGGCCUCAAGAUCUCGGGCGUGUCCCCGAUCCACUCGCGGGCGGCGCUCCUGUACCGCAACACCAGCCUGUCGGCGGUGCAGGCGGCCACCACCGCCCACCACACCGUCCUCUUCCUCGGGACGACCACCGGCUCGCUCAAGAAGACUUCCACCCCCACCCCCGCCCACACUCGCCGUAAGCACCGCCGCCCGCGUCUUGCUCCUUGCGGAAGAUCUGUGCAUGAACUCGGGUUAAACGCUCGGCAAACAGAGGCGCUGCAACAGGUGGGCGACAUUUUAGCCAGAUUUCCCACGUCUUGGGAGCUCGUCCUCGCGCGGCUGUGUUCUCCGUCGGGCUGUUCACACGCCUCGGCUCCGCGACAGGAUGGAGAGACAGGCAGUUUGUCGAAGGGAGAGGUGCUCGGGUUUCAUCGACUUGACUGA